AUGGCGCCCCAACUUCUCAAAUUUGUCAAUAUUAAUGUCUUUCUUUUCUAUCAGAAUGCCCCUCCUAACACCCCAUUGGCCAAUAUCGACCAGGCUUCUUUUGUGUAUGCNCCUCCGUGGACUUCUGUUUUUAUUUUUCUUUUUCAUUAUCUGUUCGUGUUCAAGAUAUCGACCAGGCUUCUUUUGUGUAUGCAGGAAGCUAAUCGAGUUCUGGGCAUGUCUAGACUUCGCUGCAUUUUUCGUGGAUAUGAUGUGAAAUCCUUUCUUAUUCUUUUUGCGUUGGUGCCGACGUGCAUCUUGAUCAUUUACCUCCAUGGACAGAAGAUCUCAUACUUCCUACGGCCAUUAUGGGAAUCCCCACCAAAAGAAUUCAAUAUGAUCACUCACUACUAUGAUGAGAAUGUACCUAUGGAGAAUCUCUGCAAACUCCAUGGUUGGAAAGUCCGUGAGUUUCCUCGACGUGUUUACGAUGCCGUGCUGUUCAGUAAUGAGAUUGAGAUGCUUACCUUGCGAUGGAAAGAACUCUACCCUUACAUUACACAGUUUGUUCUCCUUGAGGCAAAUUCAACAUUUACUGGGAAGCCAAAAUCAUUAUACUUUGCUCGUAAUCGAGAUAAGUUCAAAUUUGUGGAGCCGAGAUUGACUUAUGGCACUGUUGGAGGGAGAUUUAAGAAAGGUGAAAAUCCGUUUGUCGAGGAGGCAUUUCAGCGAGUGGCACUUGAUCAGCUUCUCAAAAUUGCUGGUAUCUCCGAUGAUGACUUGUUGAUAAUGUCUGAUGUCGAUGAGAUUCCAAGUGGGCACACCAUUGAUCUCUUAAGAUGGUGUGAUGACAUACCAGAAGUUCUUCAUCUACAGCUUAGGAACUAUUUGUACUCAUUCGAGUUCCACGUUGACGACAAUAGCUGGAGGGCUGCAGUCCAUAGAUACAAAUCUGGUAAGACAAGGUACGCUCAUUAUCGACAAUCGGAUGACCUGUUGGCAGAUUCUGGGUGGCACUGUAGCUUCUGCUUCCGUCGAAUAAGCGACUUCAUCUUUAAGAUGAAAGCAUACAGCCAUAACGACAGAGUUAGGUUCUCUAGUUAUCUGAAUCCCAAAAGGAUUCAGAAGAUUAUCUGCAAGGGUGCUGACUUAUUUGACAUGCUUCCUGAGGAAUACACUUUCAAAGAAAUUAUUGGAAAAAUGGGACCGGUUCCUCAUUCCUUCUCAGCAGUUCACUUGCCAUCAUAUCUUCUGGAAAAUGCAGAACAUUACAAAUUCCUUUUGCCUGGGAAUUGCGUACGAGAGAGUGGCUAAUCUCUAGCUUUGAUAUCUACCUCCCUCUGAAGGUUAGUAGCUUGUCUGACACCACGUGGACCUUCCAUCCCGACAGUCGUUGACCGGUACAUGGCCAACCUUGGCGACCUUUGCCUCCAGAUAAGCUAAUGUUAAUUCUUUUGGAAGUUGAAACUGCUUGGACAGUUGAACUAAUUCCAUGGGUUGGAAGUUAUGUGUAGAUAUCUGUUUUCUUUGAGUGGUUUGGUUCAAGGAGUUUAUCUAUUCAUUGAGUGGGUGAACUUGCUGUCACAAAUGCAGCAAAUUAGACAACCCCCGUGCAUUGCCAUUGUAUUUGAGGCUCUUGUGCUUUCUUUCUUCCCCUUACUAGGAAAUUUUGUAUACACGACUACUAUUUAUAUCAUGUAUUCAUAUCUACCAGGUUUCUAGUUCUCGUUCUGAUAAAUUGCUUAUUGUUACGACUUCGGAGCCUGUUCGAAAUGACUUUUCAAGCUAUGUUCCUGUUAUAUUAGCAGUUACUGAAAUCAGAUUGGUAUUUAUUAGGCAGCCUGGUGGGUAGGUUUCCAUCAAUGUAGAAAGAUUAUGUUAUCUUUUAUGAUGUCGACACUUUCUGUCAUAGUUGGAACCAAGUGACCAAAUUUACUCUUCGACCUAGCACAGGGACAUGAGGUUGAGACAAAUCUGGUCAGAUAUUUUUGGUAUGUCGGAGACCUCGCAAGGUUUGUUUCUGUGGUAUAUAGGGGCUGUAGAUACGAGAGAAGUGUCUUGUUCUUCAACUUGAUUUUCCAAUGAAAGAAGGCUUUUAACUUUA